UUUUCCUCCUAGGCUCACCCAUCUUAAUUUUUUCCCUGCCCUGCUUAGUGCCAGGGCAAGAAGAAGAAAAAAGAUUGCCUUCCCCAGGCCUUGAAUGGAUGUGGGUUUCCCCAGGGCCCGUGGGCAACGGUCAGACUUUGGCAAGCCCCUAGCAGGAGGUGAAAGAGAAUCCCUCCGCAAAUUCCAUGUACUGUGAAAGAGGAAGGGCUGAAGCAAUCCAGGAGAGCGCCUGGAAGAGCCAAGUUGGCAGACCUGCUGGGACACCAUGAAGCGAGGAGUCGUCUUCUUCCUCCUGCCUUUAAUUGCAUUCCUCUCGGGCGAGGAACUACAAGCAAAUCUGGAUACUUACUGGUCUGGCACGGCCCCGAUCUGUUUAGGGGGCUGCAGAGGGAAGCACAAAGAGCUGAAAAGAAGCCAGUGCGGGAACGGGAGCUGCUGUUGGCUUGGGUUUAAGUCAUAUUGUCGAGUGAACUGUGGACGACCCGAAGCCGGGCUCAACUCGGUGGUCUAUGGCAAUGACUGGUGGGUGGGUUCCGUGGUACGCUACAGCUGCAAGCCUGGCUUCUUGCUCGUGGGAGAUCCGGUCAGUGUCUGCCAGUCCAACGGCCGCUGGACCCCCAAACCGACCUGCCUCCGGAUCUGCCUCCGAGGCCGUGUUGAGAUCAACCAGCGGGAUAUUGAUGGCAGCUGCUCGUCCACUUGCCCCAACAAGGUGCACUUGGGGGCCUUCCUCAAGCAUGGCUGUAUCAAGAUCUCUGCCUGUGUCGCCAAGCCGUCUGGCUGGACCCACUGGUUCAGCCGCUGUGACUUCUGCGAGUGUGACUGCUACGUCCCCUGCAGUAAGCAUCCCCAUACAACAGGUCUCCGCAACAUCAGUGUGGGGUGACGCCAUUCCUGAAACCAGAUCCCUGUGCCGAGCGAAGCAGGAUUCUCUGGUCUGCAGGCAUUAUGCAAACUAGGGAAGCUUGCAUGUAUCUCCAUAUUUGAAUUGCUUCCUCAAUUCAUGAGGAAUGACAUGGAAAAAUGAAUGUCUAGCCGCUGGUGUUCUUACUCAGCUCCUCCUCUGCGUUCCCAGACUUCAGGAGGGUUUGAAACUAGUCUUUAACUCAGAGAGGGCUCGAAGCAUUCAGAAUUAAAGCUGGGAUUCUUAUCUAUUAACCACUCUUUUAUCCUCUCGAUGUAUCUAUUAAUCACACUUUUAUCCUCUCGAUGUAAGCUCGAUGUAGCUUACAACCCUGUGAGGAAGGCUAGGUUGAGAGCAAGAGACUGUUGCCAGAUCACCCAACCUGCAGCACUAAUAAUUUCAUAAUUCGUAAUUGUGGGUCCAGGUCUGGUUCUCUGACCAUUACACCAUGUUGCUGCUGCUAAAUUGAGUGCCAAAUGCUGAUUUCACAUAGCGGUCAUAAAUACAAGUGGUCUCAACAGGUACCUUGUUACAAUGCAAUUGACGGUGUUCGUCCUGGGAUAAAGGAAACCCAGGAGCUUGGAGGACAGUUGUGGAAGCAGGGGGCAAAAGCCCUCCUUGCCUGUGUUGGAGAUCUUGUAGCUGCGACACACUUUGACUUGGCCCACUUAACCUCACAAGCAAAAACUCAGCCCAAAUUACAGAACAAAAUGUCACUUUUGGUUCUGCCAGGAUGAAUCUAGGACUCCUAGCAGGGUUAAGUCCAGGAAUUGUUAAGAAAAAUGCCUCUGAGCAUAGGAAGACUGCAUUUUCUGAGCUUUUGAACAAUCAGCCUUUCCUUUCCUUACAUCCUUCAAGUACAAAAAAAAUGGCUUUGUCAACUUACGUGAGUAGGGUCAUGUCAUUACGUAAGUAUUUAUUGGCACUCAGAACUUGCCAAUGAGCAAGUAUAAUGGGUACAGUGUGCAGCUAAGAUCUUGCUGAGUGACCUUGGGCUACUCCUCUUCCUCAGUUCUGCCUACCUCACCGGGUUGUUGUAGGGAUAAUUUGUGGGAAGAAAGAACCACGUGUACCACCCUUACUCCCAGGAAAAAAGGCAGGAUUAAAAAAUGUUUGGUAGCAAGGCAUCGUGGUUUGAAGGAACUUGAAAGUCCAUCUAGUCCAUCCUCCUGUGCUAGAAGGCAGGGACGUGAACUGGGAUUCCAGGCCAUGCCGUGCUGUCAGCAGAAAACACUUGCAGUUCAGAAAAGUAUGCACAGAGCCAAUGGCUGAAGGUGACUCUUAUAAAUGAGCCAUGCCAUUGGCAGAAGGGAGAGUGGCAAAGAAGGAUGCCAGCCAAUCUGCAAGGGGGCAGCACUCCAGAUUUUUUUUCUGUGCCUUGCUCCAGUGGGCGAAGGCCCAUUAUGUAACCUUUCUCUUUGUGAGACCCUUGUGACGUCCGUCUCUCCUCUAAGGGCCUUCAAACAACAGAGUCUAUCCAAAUCAGGGUCAAAGGCCGUCCAAGAGGCCGGAAAGAAGGGAUGUGAUGCUGAAAUGCUGGGAGGGAGAUUCUUGGCCAGAAGGUCUAAAUUUAGAACCGCUGAUGCUAGACACAUGUCGCCUCCUCCUGUGGCAUUUGCAAUGUUGAUCUGAGUAGCAACGAAGGCUGAACCAGAAUUCCCUCACUGCCGUUCACGCCACGCUCUGGCACAUUGGUUUAACAAUCGUAUGCCUUCCCAGGACACUCAUUUUUGCAAAAGGGGGGGGUGAGAACCUGGAGAAGUCCUUGCACCAAAUGACAAUUCCUACUGGUUAAAAGUGUGCCCUGUGGACAAGUGUAUAUGUGGACAGUGCAGAAGGAGGCUGGUGCCUUGGGGCCUGAGAAGCUCCAAAAG